GGAGUGUUGUGGGGCGAAGGGGCGAGGAGGCAGCGCCUGAGGACUCUUUGCAAAGAGGUCAUAGAUCAGGCAUUUGCCUUUGCAGAAGAAUCCAGCAGAGGAAGAAGGCGAUCCACCAGUCCAGGUGGAGGUUGUCUGUAGGGAAAGGAAGGAUGACCGGAGAGCCGGAGUUAGUUGGUCCAGAAGCAAGAAAAGGCCCUGAUGCCACUGAGGCUGGCAGCAGAAGGGAACUGUGGGAAGGAACUGUGCGGAAGUGCCUGGGAGAUGAUUUUCCCCCUUCAGAUGUGCAGUGCCAGCAAUUCAGACACUUCCGCUACCAGGAAGUGGAAGGGCCCCGCGAGACUUGCAGCCGACUCCACCAUCUUUGCCACCAGUGGCUGAAGCCGGAAAGGCACAGCAAGAAGGAGAUGCUGGACCUGGUGCUCCUGGAGCAGUUCCUGGCCGUCCUGCCCCCGGAGAUGGAGAGCUGGGUCAGGGAAUGUGGGCCAGGGACCAGUUCCCAGGCAGUGGCCCUGGCAGAAGGCUUCCUCCUGAGCCAGGCAGAGGCCAAGAAUCAGGACCAGCAGGUGCAGGAAAAGCUCGUGCAGGUUUGUCACCAUGGAGCAGCUUUUCCAGGCGAGGCCUUGAAAGCAACGAUAUAUUCUUUGCCGUCUCUUUGCGGCAGAGAGAAAGGAGCUCCUGUACCGUCAGGUGGGGCUCUGGUGACCUUUUCAGAGGUGUCUGUUCAUUUUAGUGAGGAGGAAUGGGCUCUGCUGGAUCCAGACCAAAGAAGCCUUUACAUGGAAGUCAUGGAGGACAAUUAUCAGACCGUAUCCUCUCUGGAGGCUGAUGGUAUGCAGAAAAAAACUGAUAAACAACCACAACAUCUCCCAUUGGAAAGGGAACAGCAGGGAACAGGCAAUGAAACAAGAUGGAAAAGGGGGAAUGAUACACCUGCUUUUCAGAGUGCUGAAUCCCAGGACAUCCUGCCAUACCAUAGAAGAAUCACUUUCCCCGUGUGGGGAAAAAAAUUCAUUUACCAGUCAGUGUUUGAGAUGCACUGGAAGAAACACAAAAGGGAGAAACCAUAUAAAUGUGUAGACUGUGGAAAGAGCUUUUCUCAGUGUACAAACCUUACUUCCCAUAGGUAUAUCCACACAGGAGAGAAACCAUAUAAAUGCACAGAGUGCGGAAAGAGCUUUGGUCAGAGUGCAAAGCUUACUGUCCAUCUACGUAUCCAUACAGGGGAGAAACCAUAUAAAUGUGUGGACUGUGGAAAGAGCUUUGCUCAGAGGGUGCAGCUUACUGUCCAUCAACGUAUCCAUACAGGGGAGAAACCAUAUAAAUGUGUAGACUGUGGAAAGAGCUUUGCUCGGAGAAAUGACCUUAAUAUCCAUCGACGUAUCCACACAGGGGAGAAACCAUAUAAGUGUGUAGACUGUGGAAAGAGCUUUGCUCGGAGAAAUGAGCUUAUUAUCCAUCAACGUAUCCAUACCAGGGAGAAACCAUAUAAAUGUGAGGACUGUGGAAAGAACUUUGCUCGGAGAAAUGACCUUAUUAUCCAUCAACGUAUCCACACAGGGGAAAAACCAUAUAAGUGUGUAGACUGUGGAAAGAGCUUUGCUCGGAGAAAUGACGUUAUUGUCCAUCAACGUAUCCAUACUAGGGAGAAACCAUAUAAAUGUGUGGACUGUGGAAAGAGCUUUGCUCAGAGGGUGCAGCUUACUGUCCAUCAACGUAUCCAUACCGGGGAGAAACCAUAUAAAUGUGUAGACUGUGGAAAGAGCUUUGCUCAGAGGGUGCAGCUUACUGUCCAUCGACGUAUCCAUACAGGGGAGAAACCAUAUAAAUGUAUAGACUGUGGAAAGAACUUUGCUCAGAAGAAAGACUUAACUGACCAUCUGUGUGUCCACACAGGGGAGAAACCAUAUGAAUGUGCAGACUGUGGAAAGAGAUUUGCUCGGAAUGAAUACCUUACUGUCCAUCUACGUAUCCAUACAGGGGAGAAACCAUAUAAAUGUGUAGACUGUGGAAAGACCUUUGGUCGGAACAAAGUCUUUACUGACCAUCUACGUAUCCAUACAGGAGAGAAACCAUAUGAAUGUGCGGACUGUGGAAAGAGCUUUGCUCAGAGUGCGCACCUUAUUGUUCAUCGACGUAUCCAUACUGGAGAUAAACCAUAUAAAUGUGUAGACUGUGGAAAGAGCUUUUCUCGGAGGAAAGCCCUUUCUGUCCAUCGAUGUAUUCAUACAGAACAGAAACCAUAUUAAUGUGCACACUGUGGGAAAAGCUUUGCUCAGGACUUCCAGUUUGGAUUGAUGGCGACCUGAUGUUGCCCAGGGAGCUGGGCAAUCAAGAGCAACUGUUUUAGGCUGGCCAGGUUCUUAGAUCACCCGCUGCCACCGCUCUCCAGGUAGGAGAGGGGCUGGAACACUACAAGACCCUGAAAGUGAGUAAUCUCGGUGACGUGGGGGGGUUCUGAAUAAAGGAUCUCUCCUACCGCCUUGAGGUCCCCUCUGAGAAGGGCGAGCUAAAAUCUCUGCAGAGCUCUUUUGAGUCAAAUUUUGGCAUAAGAUCUUCAGAAACCAAGCUUCAGUACCGAAUCUGAUCAACUUUGAACGUGAGAAACAGCACGAACAACCCAAAUGAAAAAAAAGAAGAUAAAGAUUACUAUCUUAUUUUUUGGACUAAAGAUCAGAAGAAAGAGCCAAGAAAAACUGCAACUAAUGGACUGAGCUGCUAGUUGAGUACAGGAGGAGGGCAAUUCAGGGGAAGUUGCAGAAAUUUGAUAGAAUUUUAAAACGUUAAAGAAGAAAAAUCAGUCUUGUUUAUACAUACCUGUGGUUUUGGAGGAGAUAACAGCAACGAGAGAGGGAAGGGAGCGCGAGAGGAAACAGAGUAAACAUCGCGAGACUGUAGAAGACACCGAGCACCGUGAGUUUUUUCGCCUAGAGAGGAGCCAGCUCUGGAAGGAAGUGGGAACAGCGUAGAAGAACAUGGAAAAAGAAAAGGAGAAAGACCGCAAGACAGAGAAACUGAGAGGUCAAGAGGAAGUGAAAGCCCACCAUUUCGAGAAGGGAAAAGGAGCAAGGAAGUUACCAUAGAGAAAUUGCGCCCGACAUUUUGGUAAGGUUGAAAUUGAUAAGACUUUAAAUUAAAAGAAAUUAACACUGAUUGGCUUAAAAUAGAAAUUGAAGUGAACAUUAAAAACAGAGCUUAGAAAGAGAGCCAACACUUGGGGUGGCGCAAAAGCUAACCCAGGCACGAUGAAGAAAGUGGAUAAGGAAUGGCAGACUGCUAUAGAAGCGUUAGAAAAAAAGGUGUUAGAUGGCAAUAAAGAGUUGGGCCAAUCUAUGCAAAGAAUGGAGGAAAGUUUGAUCAAAAAUAUAAAAGAAUUAAUAAAAGCUGAGGUGACAGAGCUGUCUAAAAAUAUAGAUGAAAUAAAGAAGGAACUACAGUCAACAAAUCAAACAGUUCAAUAGGUGGAGCAAAAGACCUCUAGUUUAAAACUGAAAAAUCAAAUACUACAAGAGCGUGUGGCGGUGAUGGAGUGUAAAAUCACAGAAAACCAAUUGAGAUUCAGGGGAGUGCCAGAAUCUACAACGCAGAGUGCGCAAGAUCAGAUGAUUGCAAUAUUGGCAGAAUUUUUAAACAAGCAGCCAGAGGAAAUAGAAGUAAAUUUGGAUUUGGUAUAUAGAGUAAACUCCAGCUAUGCACAACAGAAAAAUUUACCGGGAGAUAUAAUUGUACAACUGACAACCAAAAGAAUGAAGGAAGAAAUUUUAAAAAGGCAUUAUACAAGCCCCUUGGCAAUGGAGGGAAGUAGAAUCAGAAUUAUGAAAGAACUUCCUAGAAAAUUUUUGCAAGAAUGAAAAAAGUAUCGAGAAUUAAUGGGAAAACUGAGAGAGAAGAGUAUCAGGUAUAGAUGGGAAAUACCAGAAGGACUGAGCUUUCAUUUUCAAUCUACAAGAGUGAACAUCCAGUCAAGACAUGAUAUGACAGUGUUUCUGCUUGACAAUGAAAGAGAUUUUUCCCGGAACUGUUAAAAAAGUAACAUUAUGGAGUACAAACUAGUAUCUUGGAAUGUUAAUGGACUGAACUCACCUCAAAAACGUAAAGCAAUUUUUCAUUGGUUAAAGAAACAAAAUUGUAAUAUAAUAUGUUUGCAAGAAACACAUAUUAAAGAGCAAGAUUGUAAAUUUUUAAAAAGCAGACAAGAGAAGAAUUUUUGGCAUCUGCAGAACAAAAGAAGAGGAGUGGUGAUAUAUGUAAAGGAAGAACUGGAUCCCAAAUUAAUUUUUAAAGAUAAAGGUGGAAGAUAUUUGGCAGUAGAGAUAAUGUUAAAUUUUAAGAAGACCUUGAUCUUAGGAAUUUAUGCGCCAAAUGGAGCUAAGGAUGAUUUUUAUAAGGAGAUAAUUCAAAAUCUGGACCAAUAUUCAUAUGAGCAAAUUUUAAUGGUUGGAGAUUUUAAUGGUGUUGUUAAUCUGCAAUUAGACAGGAAAUUAAAGUCACCUCAUAAAAAAACAGGGAAGUUACCAAAAUCUUUCUUUGAGCUGGUAGGACAAGAAAAUUUGGAGGAUAUAUGGAGAAAUUGGAAUCCUAAAAUAAAAGACUAUACGUUCUAUUCUGCAAGACACCAGUCCUUUUCAAGAAUUGACAUGAUCUGGGCAACAAAAGAAUUAAGUCUGUUGACGAAGAAAAUAGAGUUGAUGCCAAGGGUGAGUUUGGAUCAUAAUCCAAUGAUGUGGAAAGUUUCGAUGGGAUUUAGAAAAUCCCAGAGAUGGUUCACAUCUCUGCCACGGCUGAUGCGCUGCCUACAAUGAAGGCACUGGGCAAGUUGCAGGUCUUCCAUUCUCUGGAAGUGAUUCCGAGUUCGGAGCUGAAGGGUUGCCCAUGCUUCACAGGAGAGGCGCUCACGGGCCCGCCCUGAGACACCUCCUGUGAGGUACUCUGGCCGGACACACCGUAUCCCACUCUCGGCCAGGCAGUUGGGGAUGGAUGAGGAUGAAGGGGCAGAGAUGUGGGCUCUUCCACCACAGUCUCUUCCUCUUCCUCCUGCACCCUCUCCUCCUGCACAGCCGCAAGAGGCCUGCUGCUGGCCUCAGAGGAAACUGGGGUGGACCGCCCCGCAGGGGGUCUCACCGGCAGUUCCUCCAACAUCCUCUGGGUUCCUGGGGUGAUCGUGGGGGAUGGAAAAGUCACAUGCCCCACGUCCAUCCUAGGAGACAUCACAUGCUGCCCCUCCUCCAGCAGCUGGCUCACAACCACUGGAGGAGGUGGAGCCUCAGCAGCAGGCCCCCACCCAGUGCCAGCUCCUGCCUGAGACACCUGGGUUGGGGGUGGCCCUCCUGAGCAGCUGUCUCAGGAAAGAGGGCCUUGCAAACCCUCUUCCUGUCACCAGAAGCCAGGCUGGUGAACGGCAGCAGUGCAGGGGAGGGCCUCCUCCACUCAGAUGGGGGGUGGCUGCCACAGCAGUCCCCCUCCCACUCCCCUCCACCCCUCUAGUUUUCUCCCUGGCCUUUUCCCCGGGGCCCCUCUCUGCUUUCCUCUCUGACAUACUUUCGCCUCACGAAAUCUACACUAACUAAUCAGAAACCCUUGGGGAAACAAAGGUUGACUUUGUUUUCAAGACCUAUCUACCUGCUUCUAAAUCUGUUCUUCUUGUAGCUCUGUAACUUGGAGAUGGACAAUCAAAUGUCUUUUUAAGCGACCCUAUUUAUGUUGGGGAACCUGAGCCUGCCAGACAGCUGAAUUCCUCAGGAAUAGAGCUGGCCCUAAAGCACAAUAACAACGGAAAGCCUUAGACACUAACAAGACUAGUAUGCCUGGGCCGGCCUGGCUCCACCACGGGUGCCAGAGAUGGGCAGUGAAACCCUAGUUAAGGGAGCACUAAUGGGAAGCCUAUUUUCAACUAUGCCAAUAUGUGUGUGUGUGUGUGUGUGUGUGUGAGUGUAAAUCAAAUAUAACCUAACUCUAACUGCUGCUUAUCCUGACGAUCCCUAUUUACUUUGUUAAACAGGCUACGCUUGGUUCCCUAUCAAUUAAGUUGAGGGCAAGUAGCCACUGAUCACCUACUAACUGGCCUACCUUCCUAAGACACUAUUUAAUGGGGGAAACUCUGUAGUGUGUCUGUGUGGGGUGUGGAUGCGGUGUUCUUAAAAUGUACCUCCCCCCACCCAGGCAAGCAAAAACCCACCCCUAUGACCACCCGAAUGUUAACCCCGGGGAGUCACAGACUCACUCACCAGUCCUGCAGUCCAGCGAUGUUCAGGCAGACAGGCAUGCAGCAAGUCCUCUCCUCCUCUAGGCUGGGAACAGAAAGGUGGGAUGUUAGCAGAGAUCCAUAAACUGCACAACCCCCAAAAGUCAAGGCUCAGGCCUGGUUUCGACCUGGCCAGGCCCACUGCCACAGUGCAGAGCCAGGCCAGAGAGUUAAAAGGCAGGAAACAUGCAAGCAUGUUAAUAAUCCAAGCCAUAAGAAAACCAAGGCCCGCCCUGCAGUGCAGAGCCAGGCCUGGCCAGGAAAUAUGCAAGCAUGUUAAUAAUCCAAGCCAUAAGAAAACCAAGGCCCGCCCUGCAGUGCAGAGCCAGGCCUGGCCAGGCCCACAGCCACAGUGUAGGGCCAGGCCAGAGAGUUAAAAGGCAGUAAACAUGCAAGCAGUGAGGCAACCCCCCCCCCAGUAAAAAUGCUCCCAGUUUGGUUCCAUGGCUGGCCUAGAAAGAUGAAACAGGGAACAAUAAUCCAAUCCAUAAGAAAACCAAAGCCCACCCUGCAGUGCAGUGCCAGUCCUGGUUUUGGCCUGGCCAGGCCCACAGCCACAGUGCAGAGCCAGGCCAGAGAGUUAAAAGGCAGUAAACAUGCAAGCAGUGAGGCACACACACACACACACACACACACACCCAGUAAAAAUGUUCCCAGUUUGGUUCCGUGGCUGGCCCAAAAAGAUGAAACAGGCAUCAAUAAUCCAAUCCAUAAGAAAACCAAAGCCCACCCUGCAGUGCAGAGCCAGUCCUGGUUUUGGCCUGGCCAGGCCCACAGCCACAGUGCAGAGCCAGGCCAGAGAGUUAAAAGGCAGUAAACAUGCAAGCAGUGAGGCACACACACACACACACACACACACCCAGUAAAAAUGUUCCCAGUUUGGUUCCGUGGCUGGCCCAAAAAGAUGAAACAGGCAUCAAUAAUCCAAGCCAUAAGAAAACCAAAGCCCACCCUGCAGUGCAGAGCCAGGCCUGGUUUUGGCCUGGCCAGGCCCACAGGCCAGAGAGUUAAAAGGCAGGAAACAUCCAAGCAGGGGUGCAACCCCCGCCCCCCCCACACACACACAGUAAAAAUGCUCCCAGUUUGGUUCCAUGGCUGGCCCCAAAAGAUGAAACAGGGAACAACAAUCCAAGCCAUAAGCAACCCAAGGCCCUCCCUGCAGUGCAGAGCCGGUGUCACAGUGAAACAUUUUUUAGCAAAGGCCAGCAAAUUGGCCCAGCAUCAAUUUAAACAAACUCUGUGCCUUCCCUUCCUCCCAUCUCUCUCCUUAAAAAAAGAAUCUCAUAGCAGUCCUCUCCUGAAUGUCCAGCCCUGAGUUGAUCCACAGGCAGAAGUCCACUCCACAGGCAGAAGUCCACUCCACAGGCAGAAGUCCACUUGGUGCAGUCCAGAAGACCAAGGCAGAGAAGAAGCAGUCUCUCACUCUCUCCACAGUCCAGCACAGCAGCAACAGAGGCUGUCCCAAGUCCAGCCUCUAAUUUAAACCUCCUGCUGCAUCUUCUGCCAAAGAUUUGAAUCUAUUGGCUGGAAGAAGGAUGCAGCAGUGGGAUUGGACACUCCUAAGUCCUCCCUCCCUUGCCUUACCCCCCCCCACAUCCCCACUUGGAGUCCUACUCUAUCACUCCUUCCUGCUCCUCCCUCCCUUACGUGGGAAUUUUGGCGGGAAUCUCUUGCUGCUUGAUUUGCAUUGCAUUGCAUUGCAAAGUGCAAUGCUAGCAAGCAAGCACCUUGCAAAGCAAGGAUUCCCUCCUUUCCUAGCAAGAGGGGUGAGGGGUGAAGAGGAGGUAGUGAGUCACUCACUCCUCCCCCCUCCCCUCUUCAAAGAGCCUGCAGGAAACUAGCCACUUGCAAAUGCAAACGGCUAGCAAAAUGGCGAUUCUCUGAUUACCGAAACAUACCGAAACGUUUCGGUAAUCACUGUUUCGAUAUUACCAAAAUGUUUCGGUAAUCAGAAAAAGUUUCGGUAUUACCGAAACAGGUCUGUUUCAGAAUUUUUUCAGUUAUAUGAUUACCAAAACGCACACCCCUAAUUAUAGCCCCAUUUCUCUAUUGAAUAAUGAUUAUAAAAUUUUUGCAAGAAUUUUAGCGGAGAUUUUUAAUUGACUUUGUGGGAGAAGAACAGGCCGGAUUUUUACCAAACAGGCAAAUUAAGGAUAAUUUGAGAGUUGUACUGGAUGCCAUUGAAUACUAUGAUAAGCACCCUGAAAAGGAGGUAGGCUUUUUCUUUGCGGAUGCGGAGAAGGCCUUUGACAGUUUAAAUUGGGACUUUAUGUUUCUGACAAUGGAAAAGAUGGAACUGUGGCAAGAAUUUAUAGAGGCCAUGAAAGCUAUAUUAUAAAGAACAAAAAGCAUCAUUAUGUAUAAACAGUGAUUUGACAGAAAAAUUCGAGGUAAGAAAAGGCACAAGGCAAGAAUGUCCACUUUCACCUUUGCAGUUUGUUAUGGUGUUGAAAAUACUUUUAAGGCAGAUAAAAGAAGAUAACAGCUUUAAAGGUAUAAGACUCAAAGGCUUUUCAUACAAGUUCAGAGCAUUUGCAGAUGAUGUGAUGUUUAUAGUGGAAGAACCAGUCCAGACAUUACCAUUAUUGUUAGAUAAAAUUAAAAAAUUUGGAGAUCUGGCAGGGUUUAGUAUUAACAAAAUAAAAUCGAAACUGCUCUGUAAAAAUAUGACAAAAAAGAAACAAGAGGAGUUAAUGAGUUACAAAGUGUGAAGUGGUUCAGAAAACAAAAUACCUGGGAAUAGAAUUAACAUUUAAAAAUAUAGAUCUAUUUAAGAACAACUAUGAAAAUUGUGGUCACAGAUAGAAAGGGACAUGUUGAAAUGGAAUAAAAUGAACUUGUCGCUGUUGGGACGUAUUUCAGUUGUCAAAAUGAAUGUGCUACCCGGAAUGAUGUUUUUGUUACAAACGAUUCCAAUUAUAAAAGACAAGAAACAUUUUGAUAAAUGGCAAAGGAAAAUAUCGGAAUUUGUGUGGGCAGGGAAAAAACCAAGAAUCAAGAUGAAGGUGCUGUGUGACGCAAAAGAGAGGGGUGGUUUGCAAUUACCAAAUUUGAGACUGUACCGUGAGGCGGUAUGUCUAAUAUGGUUAAGGGAUUGGGCAAAACUAUCUAAUCUUAAAUUGUUAGCUCUGGAGGGGCAUAAUAAUUUGUUUGGUUGGCAUGCAUAUUUAUGGUAUGACAAGCAUAAAAUAGAUGGGAUGUUUCAGCAUCAUUUUGUGAGAAGGAAUGUCUUCAUGAUUUGGCAAAAGUACAAGAAGUUUAUCGGGGGGGAAGACCUAUGUGGAUUGUUCCAGCAGAAGUUAUAAACCCAAAUAUGGAAUAUAAGGGAGAAGAUUGGAUAACCUAUAAAGAACUAUUAUGAUUGGACAGAGACUUUUUUAAAAUAAAGAAUAAUGAAGAUUUACCAUUUGAAUAUGGUUGGCUGCAAUAUCGACAGAUUAAAGACUUAUUUGAAUUGGAUAAAAGAAAAGUGGGUUUUAGAACUAAAAAUACGGAAUUAGAGGAGCUAUUAUUUGGAGGGGAGAAAAUUGAUUUCUAAGGUGUAUAAACUUUUAUUGAAAUGGUAUACGGAAGAUGAGAUGGUUAAAACUCAAAUGGUGAAGUGGGCAAUAAAUUUUAAUAAAUCACAAUGGAGACAUGGGAAUUUCUAUGGAAGAACACAUUGAAGAUAUCUACAUGUAAUAAUCUGAAAGAGAAUGGAUACAAGAUGAUGUAUACGUGGUAUUUAACACCGAAAAAAUUAGCAAAUGCAAAUAGUAAUAUGUCAAACAAAUGCUGGAAAUGUAAAAAAACAUGAGGGUUCUUUUUAUCAUAUGUGGUGGAUGUGCGAUAAGGCCAAGCUUUUUUGGUCAAAGAUAUAUACGGAAAUGUUAUUAAUUAUGAAAUGUAAUUUGUUGAAGAGCCCUGAAAUGCUGUUAUUAGGAUUGAAUAUGCAAAAAGUCAAUGUGAAGGAUAGGGCAUUGUUAUUUUAUAUGACAGUGGCAGCAAGAUUACUAUAUGCACAGUAUUGGAAGCAAGAAGAGAUAUCAGAAGUUGAAGAUUGGAUUCAAAAACUGUUGUACAUGGCGGAGAUGGACAAAAUGACAAGAAAACUGAAAGAGCAAAAUCCAAGUGAAUUUUUAAAUGACUGGGGGAAACUUAAGGAGUAUCUUGAAAAUAAGUGGGACGUGAAAGGACAGUUGUGGUCUCUGGACAACUAUUAAGAUGUAUAGAGAAUAAGUAAAAACUUUACCUUUAAUAAUAGGGACAAAUAUUUGAAUAGAAAUAAGAAAUAAAGGGGUUAUAGUGCU